GCUCUGCUCGCAGGUGUGCGUGUGUGUGGGAGGCUGUGCGGUCUGUGGGACCUCACUUUCCUGUCGCAGGACAGAGAAGCUGCCAUUUUUCUUGCUGUCUCUUACCUGCGCGGCUGGUGCCCUGGGAUCCUGAGGCUUUCAGCCCUGUAACCUGCCUGCUUGCUCUCUGCUUCUCAAGAGUUACUAUGAGUCCAGCAGAACCCAGGCAGAUCCUAAAUCCUGACAGAGCUUUAUAGAGCCCAGGCCUGGCAGGCUCCCAGAAAUUGAAGCCACCAGACCCCACAUGGAACCACAGGCCUCAUGUUCAGCUGCUGGACCUCUGAUGGAGAGAAAAUUCCAUGUUCUUGUGGGCGUCACUGGGAGUGUUGCAGCCCUGAAGUUGCCUCUUCUGGUGUCACAGCUUUUGGACAUCCCUGGGCUGGAAGUAGCAGUGGUCACAACUGAGAGAGCCAAACAUUUCUACAGCCCCCAGGAUGUUCCUGUCACCCUCUACAGCGAUGCUGACGAAUGGGAGAUGUGGAAGCACCGCUCUGACCCCGUCCUUCACAUUGACCUGCGGAGGUGGGCGGACCUCAUGCUGGUGGCUCCUCUUGAUGCCAACACUCUGGGGAAGGUGGCCAGCGGCAUCUGUGACAACUUGCUUACCUGUGUCAUCCGGGCCUGGGACCGCAGCAAGCCCCUGUUCUUCUGCCCAGCGAUGAACACCGCCAUGUGGGAGCACCCCAUCACCGCGCAGCAGGUGGACCAGCUCAAGGCCUUCGGCUACGUUGAGAUCCCCUGUGUGGCCAAGAAGCUGGUGUGUGGAGACCAAGGUCUGGGGGCCAUGGCUGAGGUGGGGACCAUUGUGGACAAAGUGAAAGAAGUCCUCUGCCAGCAUGGUGGCUUCCAGCAGAAUUGAACUGGGAUUUCUGUCACGUGUGUCCCUCCGCACUCAGAAUGGGUUCAGGCCGAGCUGGUGAAGAAGAUGGACACUGGCAAAAUAUGGUGAGGAUUCCUCCUUUUGCUGAGUAGGGACCUGGCCUGGGCCUGCUCUAGCCUCCCAGGGCUGGACCUGCUGCAGGUUAAACUGCACUGACGGCCCAGCUCCCAGCUUCUUUCAACCAGGAGAUACUACUGCAUGGAGCCCCUGCCCACCUUUUCCUGCAAUGGGUGCGCAAGUCAGGUGAGCAAGCUGCCGCGCUGUCCUCACGGGAGGACUGAGUGCUGGGGAAACCUCACUUCUACGUCUCGUCCAGAAACGCCACAGCUGGAGAGCCCUAGCUGAGCCGUGCGAGCUGUGGCUCUUUGGUGGGCGCUCGGCUGCCAGAGUCCGAGAAGCCUGCGAACUGGCAGGACUCUGAGGUUUCGUGCGGACCGUGCCCUGAGAUUGCGAUGCUGGGAAAUAAAGAAAAUGCCCAUU